CAUGUCGUCUUCCAAAAACGGAUCUGGUUUUCUAGUUUCUUGCCGAAGAUUGAAACCAUUGAUUUCUAUACGUCUAGAAAUCGAAGGAGAGAACUAUUACAGAUCUCAUCGAACCAUUCAAGAUUUCGUGACUUUUUUUUUUUCGUUACAGAUCGAUAUCGCUUCACGGGGCCCUGUGUUUUCUCGUUACUCGAUACCGAUUAGUGAAUUUAAUUAGGGUUAGGGUUGAGAUCGGGACAGUAGUUUCGCGUGAGGCUUACGGUUGGUUUUUGGGAUAAUUUCCUAGAUCUAUCUAAGUUUAUCGCUCGAAUCGUGGGUUAAUCAAUCUAGGGUUUCUAGAUCUUCCGAUAUUUGACGGAUUUCUUUGGUAGGAAUCAUGAUAGAUCCUUCCCAGAUGAUUAACCGGACGUACGGGAUGUGGCAAAGGCAGCCCCAGGCACCGCCGGCUCCAGCGCUAGCGCUGGUGGCGGAGGAGCCGAUGGUAUUUCAAAACCCUCGACCGAUUUUUGUUCCGUCGGGGACCAAAUCUGGGAGGAAGAACUGGAAGAGCAAGAAGGCUGCUGAAAAGCGGAAGAAGGCCGCUGCUGCUCCCGGAGUUGUAUCCACCGUUGGAGUUACCGGAUACAAACCGCCAACUCUGAAAGAGCUACAGUAUCAGAAUCGCGUGAAAGCUAGGCGGUUCUACCCGAAGAAGAAAUUUAGUCGUUUCGUCCCCUUCGCCCCUCGAAAUACAACGUCCUUCAUAAUCCGCGCCAAGAAAUCUGGUGGUAUUGCUUCUCUCAUUUCACCCUGUGCUGUGACGCCGGCCAUCCUUCCCACACCGAAAUUCUCCCCCUCAAGGGAGAGACUGGUAGACAUGGCCAAGGAAGAGUGGGGAGUGGAUGGGUAUGGCUCGAUGAAAGGUUUAAUUCGUCUCCGCUCUCCAACCGCCGCCGGCGGUCGUGCCGGCAGCGGUGGAACUGAAGAGGAGGAGGACGAUGAGGAUGGAUCAAGCGAAAGCGAUAUGGAGGAGCAUGUGGAGGUAGAGAGAAGGCUCGACCAUGACUUGAGCCGAUUCGAGAUUGUGUAUCCCAGCUUCGGGGAGGAGCAGGUAGUGUCGACUGGCACAUCCUACCUGUUGGAAAACAGAGUGGAUGACCAGGAUACCCACAUAGCUCAGCUUGAAGAAGAGAAUCUAACUCUGAAAGAAAGACUUUUCUUGAUGGAGAGGGAGAUGGAGGAGCUUAGAAGGAGACUUCUGCUGCUGGAGACCGACUAUAGAUCACGCAAUGAAAAUUUUAACAACAACAACAACAACAAUCAUGGCGAAGAUAACAAUUUGAACUCAGAGGAGGAGGCUUCAGAUAACGAUUGUGGUGGAGAUGUGUGCUCGCAGAAAAGUGUAGGAGAUAACGAAGAGAGCAGCGGCAAUCUUAUGCAGGAGUAAAGGUGGUUAACUCAACUCACUGUUCUUCCUGUACAUAUUGCCGCUGGUUUCUUUCGGAAUGCUUUUCAUCAUCUAAAUUGUGUUUUCUACUGUCCUUUUGAUGGCUAAUGUUAGAUUUGUUGCCAGUAGUAACUUUCUGAUGAUAAGCAGCUGAUCUUAAUUUCAAAAACAGUUUUAUCUUCUCAUUUUUCUUCAUGAAAAACUGCUCUCUAGUCUCAGAAACUUACCGUGAUUCCUGUGGCAUUCUUAUCAACAAGUUCUUGUGGGAUUAUUGGGAAUCUAUUUUCUAUUAGUGCUUUAUGAUCCUAUUUUCUAACAUUAAUGGGGAUCUGAAAUGUUUGUGUUGGUUUUUUGUUUUCAAA